AUGGCAAAUCUUCGCUACACGCAACAAUUGGUCGGCGAGAGCUCGCACGGGCGAUACUACAUCUACGGUCUCGUUGCGCUGCUUGUCUUCGUUGUCAUCAAGUAUGUCUGGCAGAUCUUGGCUUCGCCCCUUCGAACUGUGCCUGGCCCCUUCCUCGCUCGCUUCACACGACUUUGGGAGAUCAAGGCUGUGUGCAAAUACGAUAAUCCAACAUACAACAUUGCACUGCAUGAGAAAUAUGGUCCUAUCGUACGUCUUGCACCAAAUCGGUACAGCAUAAAUGAUGGCGAAGCCGCGAAGGUGAUCCUCGGACACCACAACGCCAUGGACAAGUCACAAUUCUACCAUCCGUUCGGCCAACCGGAGGAGUACAACCUCUUCUCCGAGCCGAGCAUAUCCGUUCAUGCCAAUGUCAGACGUCCAAUUGCGCAGCUAUAUUCGCAAACGACCCUCCUCUCUUACGAGCCUUUUGUUGAAACUUGUAACACAAUCUUGCUGAAGAGACUAGAGGAGUAUGCUCGAAAUGGCAAGGCUCUUAAUGUCAGGAAUCUCAUGCAAUACUACGCUUUCGACGUCAUCGGCGAAAUCACAGUUGGGUCGCGAUUUGGGUUGAUGGAAGAUGGUGGCGACAAGUCUGGAAUUGUCGAGGCUAUCGACGAGAGUAUGACUUACGCAGCGAUCAUAGGCCUGAUUCCUGAAUGGCACUGGUGGAUCGGUAUGACGAUGGAUAAGCUCCGACUCGAACCCGGCUUCAGGAAGAUUCUCAACUUUGUGAAUCUUCACGUUGAUAGUCGCGUCUCAGGACGCACCAAGUCGCCCGAAGACCGCAGUGACUUCCUUGAUAAGAUGUUGCCCAUGGAACGGGAAGGCAAGGCGACACGCUUCCAUACUCGCCAGGUCGCCUCUCAGAACAUUGCAGCGGGAUCAGACACAACCGCCAUCUCACUCUCUGCUAUUAUCGCAUACCUGGCGAUGCACCCUAACACGCUCGCCGUUCUUCGCCACGAACUCGACGAAGCCACAGCAGCCGGUACCCUCUCGGACCCAGCGACCUUCCAAGAAGCUCAAAAACUUCCCUAUCUCCAAGCCGUAAUUAUGGAAGCCUUGCGUGUCCAUCCCGCCGUUGGUGCGCCAAUGACUCGCGUCGUCGGUCCCCAGGGCCUCGUAGUCGCAGGCCAAUUCUUCCCACCUGGCACCGAAGUCGGCGUCAACGCAUGGGUAAUCCACAACAACAGGACCAUCUUUGGGCCUGACGCGCACAUCUUCCGUCCUGAGCGCUGGAUCACGAAAAACAAAGAGGAGCGCGCGGUGCUAGACCGCAACUUCUUAGCUUUUGGCGCUGGGCCACGGACGUGUAUCGGCAAGAAUAUCAGUCUGUUGGAAAUGAGCAAGGUAAUUCCGCAGAUUGUUAGAAAGUACGAUUUUGAGAUCCUGUCGGAUGCGAACGGUGAGAAAUAUACGUGGAGGACAAGGUGGUUUGCGAAGCCGAGCUUUAAUGCUAUUGUUAGGAGACGGGCGCAGAAGGCUUAGUGAGUAGGUUAGUAGCAGCAAGUAGUGUUUUGCUGCUAAAGGAAAACCAGAGGAGGCGAGGGAAUAAAGAGAAUAAGAUAGGGUUUGGAAUAUAGGUAUAACGUGAGCGGCAACCGAACCGGCCGGGCAACCGAGUCGGACACUUUGCCAAGACCACACCACUUUCUACCACC